AGGAUUAGGGUCUUGGCAUCUCGGCGGCAGGAGAUCGAAAAAGACACAAGGGGGCAAGACCUGGGACAGCUGGAACGCUCUUGGGCGAGAAAAGGGGUCGAGGAAACUCAAACUGGGCUCUAAUCCUCACCUGGGAAGUGUCUGCCAUCUCAGGACUUCACCACAGGGCUUUACGGUCUGAGAAAGGGCUCAAGCAGCCAUGCUGCAAUGACAGGAAUGCCACGCCCCACCCUCCAGAGCAUAUCCGUUUAUGCCAGUGGCACGCUUGCAAAAUGAUGCCAGCUGAAGUGGGUGUAUAAUGGACGGUGCCUUAAACAACACAGUCCUAACCUUGCCAAUAUCGAGAAAAUGUUCCCCCUCCUUCAUUCAGAUCACAGCAGAGAGCCGAGGACACGGGUCCAGACCAUUAUGGGGGAGCUCACAGAUGGAGAAGCUCUGGUGGAGCUCGAUUUAGGAAAGAAGGUGAGCAUCCCUCAGGAUCUGAUGAUGGAGGAGCUCUCCCUGCCAAUCAACAAGGGCUCCAGGCUGUACCAGAAGAGGCAGAGGAGAGUGCAGAACUUUGUGCUGGAGCAUCCUUCGGGCUACAGAAUUAUCUCAAAUGCUUCUGGAGGAGGAGGAGGCUCACACGCUAAUUACAAUGGAGUUGGCAUGUCAGAAGGACAGUCUAUCCAUAAUGCUGAAGGGAAGGAGAACUACCAGGCUGGACUUCACGAAGCAGCCUCAGGAAAGGCGACACCUCCCAAAGUGCCAAAGAAAACAAACAAAGUCUUGCGGAUGAGCAAAGCCCUGAAUCCCAAUGCCAUCGCUCCAGGCUAUUCUGGACCUCUAACUGGUGUACCACCAGAGAAGUUCAACAGGACAGCCAUCCCCAAAGGCUACCAGUCCCCCUGGCGGGAGUUCCUUAGCACCGAGGACUACCAGGUAGACCAUGAGACCCGUUUGCCUGAACCUCCCAGAAAAGUGAAUAGUUUUGACGUCAGGAGCUUCAAUAGGACCCCAACCCCAUUUGGCGGACCAUUACUGAAUGAUGUGAUCCUUGGGUAUGAGAUGAAUGAAGCCCCAACAGACAUGAGCAGCUUGGAACUCAUGUUAAACAGGCCCAGCUUCAACAGAGCACCUCGGGGCUGGAUACAGGCGAUGCCAGAAUCUGAAGAUCUGUAACUUCCUAUAAUGCUGCUGCCUGACUUUUUCCAACGCCAAUGCACGCUAGCCUCCUAAUCAUGGGGAAAAGAAAGAAAGCACCCUUUUUUAUUUCUGUGGUUUUACACACGAAGACGUAACAAUCAUCUGUUCCUUAGCAGG